AUGGCUAAUGCAGAAGAAGUUUCAGCUCUUAAAAGCAUCAAAUUGCAUCUCCUUGGUGAAUUUUCACCACUUCCAUCUCCAAUUUCACAACCUUGGAGUUUAGAUUUUGAUUUUCAGUUUCAAACCAACUCUUCCACUUUUGACUCAUCGAUAUUUUUAGAUCGAUAUUUCAACAAUUUUCUCGAAAAAGAAUCACAUAUUCCAAUCUUUGAAUUUGACUCCAAUACUCAAGCAACUGAACCUGCUAGUCCUGAAGCUCUAAUUUCUCACCCUCAAACAACAACAGUAGAGAAGAAGCCUCAACUGAAUCGUAAACCGUCGCUGAAAAUUGCUCUUCCAAAUAAAACCGAAUGGAUCCAAUUCGGAAACCCGGAGGUGGCUGUACAAAAACCGGAAGUUGUUGAGAAACAGCACUACAGAGGAGUUAGACAGAGACCAUGGGGAAAGUUCGCCGCCGAGAUCCGCGACCCUAACAAACGUGGCUCAAGAGUUUGGCUUGGAACUUUCGAAACGGCUAUCGAAGCCGCUAAAGCCUACGACCGCGCCGCUUUUAGGCUUCGUGGAUCCAAAGCGAUUCUCAACUUCCCAUUGGAAGUCAACGCCAUGGCGGCGGAGGCGGCGGAGAACUCCGGCGAUAACAAAAAACGUUGCCGUGAAGAGGAAGAUGUAGUGGUGGUGAAAAAGGAGAAAACAGAGGAAUUUGAUGUCAACUGUAUUAAAGAUCUGCCGUUAACGCCGUCAGCUUGGACUGGGUUUUGGGAUGGUGAUUUUAAGGGGGUUCCACCGUUGUCGCCGCUAUCUUCCUUUUGUUUUUCACCUUUAGUGGCUGUGUGA